AGGUGACACUGACAGUGUGCAACAAGUGAUUUUGUGUGGUGGUUGUGUUGAUGACCUAUUGCGGUCAAAUUACGUAGUUUUGUGGCAACAAAAAUGUACAUUUACGAGCUACCUUUCGAGAUUAAUAAGGAACUAUGCAGACUCCUCGACAUAGAAGACUAUUGGAAGGAGUUAGCAGGCAAUUGGAUGCAAUAUUCGGCGUUUGAAGUAAACGACAUAGAACAAACAGCAAGGCGCCAGGCCAUAUCGCCAACUAACCAGCUAUUCACAAGAUGGGGUCAGCUGAACCAUAGAGUAGAAGAACUUUUUAUUUUACUAUACAAAAUGAAGCACAUGCCAGCGCUAAUCUGCCUGAAGCCGGUUGUUAACAGUGACUUCCAUAAAUUAUUAAGUAAACAUAUAAACUCUAACAGUGCGAGGGAAAGGAAAACUGCUGUUAUUCAUGAUAGUUCAUAUAAGAAGAGUUCACAGAAAAGUGAUGGCAACUUUGGUUCAAUUCCUCUGCCUGUUAUGUUGAUUGAAAAGGGUGUCCAUCUCCCAACUACAAGCAGGAUACAAAACGGCAAUUCACCGUCUCCAAACUAUGAGACAAGCACGGACAUAAGCAAGACAUCAUCAACGCAAGGCGAGAAAGGCAAUGAAGAUGACGAGAUCAUGCGCAACGUGUCUGCCGUACCUCGGAUCAGUUAUGAGGAGUUGAAGGAGGCGACUGGCAACUGGUCUGAUAGCAACCUGUUGGGGAGAGGCGGGUUUGGGCAGGUUUUUAAAGGUGAAUGGAAGCAUCUUACAGUAGCAGUAAAGCGUCUUCGUGACAAUAACGACCGAAACAAAGAACUUAUUCGCGAGAUGUGCCUCAACCAGUACCGACACGACAACAUACUGCCGCUCUACGGGUACUCGCUCGGAGGCCCAGAAGCGUGUUUAGUUUACCAGUUAAUGGCUGGCGGUUCAUUAGAACAGAGACUAAGGGGUAAAACUCAUCAUCCACCAUUGUCAUGGUCUCAAAGAUAUAACAUAGUUCAUGGAGUUGCUAGAGGCCUAACAUUCCUACACACAAUGGCCGGUACACCUCUAAUACACGGGGAUAUAAAACCAGCGAACAUAUUGCUGGAUACAUGCCUAAUGCCCAGGAUCGGAGACUUUGGACUGGCGAGGAAGGGACCUUAUGGGGAUGAACGGUCUGAUGUUAAGGUUUCCAAAGUAUACGGCACAAAACCCUACCUCCCCGACGAGUACCUCCGCGCCCGCUCGCUCUCCCCCGCCGUCGACGUGUUCAGCUACGGCGUCGUCAUGCUGGAGGUGGCCACUGCCCUGCCUGCCAUCGACAAGGCAAGACCCGAGCAUCUGCUCAGCAUGUACAUGCAUCAGCUCUAUAACCAGGGCUUGGAUAUGGCGACCCUAGAAGAUCCGGUACUCCGAGGCUCAGUCCACGCAAGCCCCACUAUGUGUCGCGCCUUUGUCGCCAUCGGCUUACACUGCACCAAGUUCCUGCGACAACAGAGGCCUACCAUGUUGGAUGUGUACAAGAAACUUAAAGAAAUGGAAGUGCCUAAUAAUAAUAAUUUUACUUGAGAUUUGAUUGUUGGGGUGGAGUGUUAACAUUAUUUGAAAUAGAAACUGGGAAAUAAGAAAGAGUCAAAAACGUUUACUAAAGCUACAAGGAGAUUAAGAAUUGACCAAACAAUAU